CCCCGGGGUGGCGGCGGCGGAGCCCGCCGGGCGGCAGCGAUCCGGUGCCCCAUGGUGCUGCUGCGGAAGCUGCCGGGCAUGCCGGGCUGGCCGGCGGCGCUGGGGCUGCGGCUGCCGCAGAAGUUCCUGUUCCUGCUCUUCCUCUCGGGCCUGCUCACGCUGUGCUUCGGGGCCCUCUUCCUCCUGCCCGAUUCCUCCCGCUUCAAGCGCCUCUUCCUGCCCCGCCGGGCCACCGCCUCCGCUGCCGCCGAGCCCCGCCACGCCAGCCCCGCCGCCCCCCGUCGCCUCCGGGAAAAGCUCCGCACCGCCGCCCGCAUGGCCGGACCGCCGGCCCACACCGCGCCGGGCUCCCGGCAGCAGGUGCAGGGCGGCGAGCGGCGAGCCCAGCCCGCCACCGGGGCUCCCUCCGCCCGGGAGACGCGAGCUCCGUUCCGCUUCGACUACGAGCGGCUCCGCCGGAGCCUCCACCACCCUGUGCGGGGCAGGCGGCCCGGCGAGGACCCCGAGACCCGCGCCCGCAGGAUGAAGAUUAAAGAGAUGAUGAAAUUUGCUUGGGAUAACUACAAACAAUAUGCACUCGGAAAAAAUGAACUGCGACCACUGACUAAGAACGGCCACAUCGGUAACAUGUUUGGAGGCCUUCGAGGAGCUACAGUGGUAGAUGCCUUAGAUACUCUGUACAUCAUGGAACUCGAGGAGGAAUUCCAAGAAGCAAAGAAGUGGGUGGAGAAGAGCUUUGACUUGAAUGUGAACGGAGAAGCAUCCUUGUUUGAGGUGAACAUCCGCUAUAUUGGAGGACUGUUGGCUGCAUACUACUUAACUGGAGAAGAGGUGUUCAAGAGUAAAGCUCUGGAACUUGGAGAGAAACUUUUGCCAGCUUUUAACACCCCCACUGGUAUCCCACGUGGCGUCAUAAAUCUGGGCAGCUGGAGUUGGGGUUGGGCAUCUGCUGGAAGCAGCAUCUUAGCAGAAUUUGGUACCUUGCACUUAGAAUUCCUGCACCUCUCGGAGCUCUCUGGCAACCCGGUGUUUGCAGAAAAGGUGAUGAACAUCCGCAAAGUCCUGAACAGAGUUGAGAAGCCGCAGGGCCUUUAUCCCAACUUUCUCAGCCCGGUGACAGGGAACUGGGUACAGCACCACGUCUCCAUUGGGGGGCUUGGGGACAGCUUUUAUGAAUAUCUCAUCAAAUCUUGGCUGAUGUCAGACAAGAAAGACUCUGAAGCUAAAAGGAUGUACGACGAUGCACUAGAGGCAAUAGAAAAGCAUUUGGUCAAAAAGUCUGCUGGAGGAUUGACCUACAUUGCUGAAUGGAGGGGUGGCAUCUUGGAUCACAAAAUGGGCCACUUGGCUUGCUUCUCUGGGGGCAUGAUAGCACUUGGAGCUGAACACGCUGGAGAAGAGAGGAAGCAACAUUACAUGGAUCUUGCUGCAGAAAUAACAAACACAUGUCACGAGUCUUAUGCACGCUCAGAUACCAAACUCGGCCCCGAAGCCUUUCGCUUUGAUGCUGGAACUGAAGCCAUGGCAACCAGACUCAGCGAGCGCUACUACAUCCUACGUCCAGAAGUGGUAGAAAGCUACAUGUACAUGUGGCGGCUGACCCACGAUCCCAAGUACAGGCAGUGGGGCUGGGAGGUUGUGAAGGCCCUGGAAAAACAUUGUAGAGUAGAAGCUGGUUUUUCUGGCAUCCGAGAUGUUUACACCACAACCCCAACCCAUGACAACAUGCAACAGAGUUUUUUCCUCGCAGAGACUCUGAAGUACCUCUAUCUUCUGUUCUGUGAAGAUGACGUGCUGUCCCUGGACGACUGGGUGUUCAACACAGAGGCUCACCCCCUGCCAGUCAACCACACGAACUUUAAAGCACGUGUGCAGUAGUGAGGCCAUUGCCCAGCGCCCUGCUUCUG